UAAUAAAUCAAGUCGCUGCGCACUCAAACGUCAUUAAAAAUGUUGGCAAAGUCCAAAAACUUCUAAAUUUUGCAUUCCGGCCCCAGUUUUGAAAAUGCUAGUACUGAUAAUCCCUCUCGAGGUACUGAUUUUAGUGACUUGGUUUAACAUCCUAAUCAUUACGUGUUCGUUGUGUUUAAUUUAAAAUUUCCGGCAAUUUUCCUCAAAAUUUUCCGUAAUGGCGAGUCGAGUCGCAUCCAAAACCGGUUCAAAACCGUCAAUGUUGCGCACGCCAAGAAGCCAAACAUCGGCAGCGAAGGCAAAGCCCCCCGAACAAGAAAAAGAAUCCAAAUUUGAAUUACCCGCGCUUAGUGUUCCCUUCAAGCCGAAGACCACGACCGAAGCCGAACUGAAGAAGAUGAAGCAGCGGAUGAUGAGGCGGCAUGCGCCCCCUGGGGAGUGCAUCAAAGGGAUAAAGACCGUUCUUCAGAGUUUGAAAAAGAAGGAAGUGACGGUUCAGGAGUUUAUAGGGCUGGUGGCGCCCUACACUGCCGACUCUGGCGCCGUCUUGCGGAGCGUUAUGAACGACGAUUUGAAUUCCUUUCGGAAAUUGGCGCGAAAAGUCUACGAAACUAUAACGCAGGAUAAUAGCGAUGUUCUCCUCAACCAACAGUUGCAACUGGCCGAGUAUUACAGGGAGAAGAAGGCUUUGCUUCAUGAUAAGAUGAUGCGCCAAAUCGAAGAAAUUUACAUGAUGGCGCCAAAUUUUGAUUUUGACAGAUACGCCGCCGAGAAGGAGAAAUACCUCAAGGAACUCUUCCCAAUACCGGAUGAGUUGCAAGUGGAGCCUGAAGAAAUCGAGAUGAUGAAGCGCCAGGCGGCCUACCACCGCCUCCAGUGGCUGCGUUCGGAAGGUGAACGCCUAAACGAGGAGAACAAUCGGCUGAAAACCCGGCUCCAGCAACUCAAGCAAAUGCACAAGGAGGAGCAACGUAAGAUGAUGGAAGCCGAGCUGGAGGCCGAAGCCAAAAAGGAAGCCCUCGAAGCUGAGCAAGCGGCCAAAGUUGAAACACUCGAACAACUGAACGAAUCGCUUGAAAAGACAAUCAUUUCGAAAGAAACAACCAUCCGGGAAAAGACAGAUCAGAGCGCAUUGAGUGCCCCCCACCCCUCCAAAGUACAAAAGAAGAAGACCAAAGCGGCGGUGCGUAAAAAACGCCCCGCCUGGAACGAGGUAGCGGCUUAUGAGAUGGAGGUGGAGGCAGCGGAGGCGGCGCAAGUAACUGAAGCGGCGGCUGAAAUGGAGAGGGAACAAUCGUUUCAUUAUACGCCGACGCGAGAAACACGCCCACAGGUGGUGCAGUAUGGUAGGAGGGGCGCUGCGAGGCCCAAAGAUACAUGGGGCGGGUUUUAUUAAAACAAGGCGGCGAAUAAAUUAUUUCAUGUUGA